UGUGCGUUAAAAAACAGUUGAUGCAAUUUCAAAGUAGAUGGUCAAUUAAGAUCUAUAUACGAUGACGACGAUAUAAUCGUUAUUAUGAACUCUAAUUAAUCAUUUCAACGAAUGGCUGUAACGAUUCCUUUAAUUCGACCAACGAAUAUCAUCAAAAUAUUACUAGAUUACCUACUGAUGUGUAGUUAAAGCGUAGGUAAUAAGUCGGUAUAAUUUUAUUUUAUUCGUUGUUUUAUUUUAUUUUGCACUUAUCUUACAGUGUAGGAGCGUUUCAGACAUUUAUAUACCUUCAUUUGUCUUUUAGACAUGCUUGGCUGCUUUGACGAUAAGCGACCAUAUGCCGAUUUUUCCAGCAAGAUUUUCAGCAGCUGUGCCAGAAUAUGUAUUAAGUAUACAAUCUAUAAAUAAUACACAUUCUUGACCUUGUACAGUGUCUUAAAAGUAUUAUUGCGAUUAAGUUUAUAAUUAUUGGUCUCAUAAAAACAUGUUUACUUAUUCAAAGCCUAAUUCAGUAAAGUGAGUUUCAGUGCAAUUUCUUUAUUUGUUUUUUUUUUUAUCUCGUCCUGUCUUGCAGUGCGUUGUUAAGCUUGCUGAUAUGCGAGAUAUGGAGAGAUGUGACAAUGAGUGUAAUGAGAUAAUCGGUUCUCCUUGUAUGUGAUUUCCACGGAGUGUGGCAAUGGUCCGACGGAGCGCGAGCGCCGGCUGCCGGCGCGCGCGCCUCCCCGGUGUCAGUCUAAUCUAUCAGCUCGAAGCGGUUCGGUGCUAUACCAGCUAAAUUAAACUUCGCGCGGGAUAAAAAUAAAAACAUUUUCAUUAAUUAUACCUCAUUCAAAUUUUUCUAAAGUGAAAACUAAGUAAAAACGUAAACGUGUUCUGUUGUGGAACAAAUAAAUAAAUAUAUACAAUUUAGUAAUAACGUGAAAAACUGAAACUUACCUAUGGGCGAAGUAAAAGUAAACAGCUUCCCGGACAUAAUGAGAAAGUGUUUCAAAAUGGGUCUUUUUAAAAUAAUCCCGACCGGGACAGCGAGCAAGGAGAAAUCCGUGGAGGAGACCGAUGUAGUCUCCCAGGCCAUCGGCAACUACGGCCGCUGGCAGCUGUUGAUGACGUUCCUGCUGUCACUGUUCUCAUUCCCCUGCACAUUCCAUAUAUACCUGCCGACGUUCACGGCAAGAGAAACGAAAUAUUGGUGUCGCAUGCCUGACAAUUUUACAGGACUACCGAUAGAAAAUUGGAUCAACUACAGCCAGCCCAAUAAUAACUAUUGCCAAGUUCGAGACAUUCCUGCGGGAGUCACGGUACAAAGCAUACUGAAUGGCACUGCUCCAUUGCUGGAUACAUUCCAAAAAUGCCAGGAAUGGGACUUCGAUCGGUCUGAGGUGGGAGACACCAUCAUAUCGGAGUGGAACUUGGUUUGCGACAGAGCCGGAUUGACUAGUUUGGCUGAAGUCGUGUUUUUAGUUGGUGUGGGCAUUGGAGGAGUAGUGGGUGGCUGGAUUUCCGACAGAUUCGGGCGCAAGCGUAUCCUGAUGGGCAUGAUGGUGGCGCAAAGCAUUCUCGCUAUCCUGUCCCUUCUUGUCCGUUCGUACCUCCAAUACGUGAUAGUCCGACUCAUCAUGGGCCUAGUAUCGGUGUCGGUCGUGUACGCCGCCUUCGUGCUGUCAGUGGAGCUAGUGGGAGGGAAGUGGGUGACCAUCGCGGGCGUGUGCAACUUCUUCCCCUUGCCGUUGUCGUAUAUUAUCGUGACGCUGAUCUCCUACUUACUGCCGAACUGGAGGGCCUUACAGCUUUCGUUAUCUCUGCCGGGAUGCUUGUUGAUGAUUUUGUGGUUUUUCUUACCUGAAUCACCAAGAUGGUUAUUGAGCAUGGGCCGCACGCAGGAAGCCAAAGCAAUUCUACAAAAAGUAGCAAAAUUCAAUAACAGAGAAUUACCGGCUGAUCUAGACAAAUUAUUGAUCAUACACAGAGCAGAGAACCCCGAGGAAGAGCCAAGCGUGCUUAUGCUGUUUUCAGGGUACCUACUGAAAAGAACGAUAUGCCUGUUCCUAUCAUGGUUCUCAAUGACUAUUGCCUAUUACGGCCUGCUUCUGAACAUUGGCAACUUCCAGUUGGGUGAUCUCCAUAUGACGUCUAUUAUACUGGCUGUCGUUGAAAUUCCUGCUAUAGCUAUGAGCAUACCUAUUCUGUUGAAGGCAGGACGACGAGCUCCGAUAUUCAUUACCAUGCUCGUGUGUGGUCUCGCGUGUGUUGCUAGCGAGUUGUGCUCGAUGUCCUCGGAUGAGAAAUGGGUCGUCAUACUUUGCCUCAUGAUAGGAAAGUUCGCGAUUGGUGCGACCAAUAUGAUGUUGCCGAUAUUCACCGCCGAGUUGUAUCCUACUGUGAUUAGAAACUUGGGAGUUGGAGCUAGCCAGAUUGCAGCGGGUAUUGCUCUCAUCUGCAUUCCAUAUUUAUGGAAACUGAAAGCGUUGAAUGAGCACCUGCCGAUGGUGACAAUCGCAGCGCUGAGUGCAUUCGGUGGGGGCAUUGUGCUGCUGCUGCCGGACACCUCCAGCACCGAGGACAAGCGACCCAAGGCCAAAAAACCAUCGUUCGACAACGCUUCACCGUGCAACGGCACUUUCACAGUAACUGACGAUAGAGGGCACUAGUUACCUGCGCCAGUGACUAUAAUUCCAUAAGAAAACAAGUGGCAAACUAGUGUUAAAUGUGUUUUUUGUUUUAAAAACAAAACUUUCAACAGUGAACAAAACUGACGUGAAUAGUGAGAGUAAAAUCGAAUUUAGUACAAGGUAAGAAAAGCGAGUAUUGAUGUUUCAAAUAAUGUGAACGAAAAUAUUGCAUAUGUAUGUAUAAAAUAGUAGGUAUAGUGUUCUUUAAUAUAUUUAGAUAACUGUAAGUGUCAAUAAGAUUAAAUUAGUUCAGUAAUAAUAGUAUGUCAUUGCGGAUAGAGUUAACAAAGCAAUAAAUAAUAAAAAAUUAAUAUUAACUUAUUACCACAGAUGGCGCUAAUAGCUAAAUUUUGAUUAUUAGGUACUUAUUAGUGUCAUACUUGUUUUGGUACUCUGAUUAAGAGUAUGCGCAGGUUUUAUAACCUACCUAGUUUUCAAGCUUUGUUAUCAAGUGAUCAUAAAAUAUAACACCUAGGAUAAAUUGUCUUACCCAAAAAUUUGCCUCUUGCUAAUUGACCCCCUUUACCCAGUUUUACGUGAUCAUUAAACUGUUGCGUAUAAAGUGUAAACUCCAGUCAAAGUGAACAGAAAAUAAUGGACAGGUGAAACAAUAAUGUUCGUGUACUCGUAAUGUUACGAUUGUGCAAUAAUAACUUUAGAAGUGAUUAAGGUGUGAUUUUGAUUAACAUUUACUUGUGUUCACGACUUUCAGUCCAUAAAUGAUUUUUUUUUUUUACUAUAUAGUGUUACGGUUGAACGGGGUUACAAAUGUGACUAAGAGGCUCUUACCUAUUGAUAGUUACCUCCUUUUAUAAUAUUUGGGUUUUAAGUUUGAGUCAAAACGAUCAAAAAGGCGGUUGUUAAGAGUCCGCAGGAAGCUCGGUUCUCCAUACAAACAUGGUUACGCUCUCAUUUUAAAACGACUAGCUAGAUUACUCUGAAACUUUGUACUUGCAAUAGGAUAAGGUAUAUCUAUGCCUGUCUUUAGUUUAUGUAGCUUCAGAUACCAUAGUAACAAAAUAUAGCGAAUAAAAUUUUUCAUACAAAACUUGUUUUUGCUCAAUUUUUUGUUCUAUAAGCUGAAGCUAUAUUGACUAAUUACAGGGAUGGAUAUGCCUCAUGUCAUUGUAUGUGCAAAGUUACAUUACACUGAAAUUCGUAGCUUUAAAAUGAGAACGAAACUCCGCUUGUAUAGGAAGGUGAAAUCCGACCGAGCUUGCUGCGGACUCUUAACACACACAAAUAUAAAUUUAAUUUAUCGUGUCCGUCCACCAGAUAUUCAUACACCCCUUUUUAUUAGUUCCAAAUUUUAAAUAAACCAGUUGUAUUUUGAUAUUCCCAAUUGCGUGUUUAUUUCUGUGAUGAAACUAAUAAUGAAUACAUUAUUUACAUUUAAGACAUCUAAGAUUUUUUUGUAUUUAAUUAUUGUUUGUCAAUAUAAUAUACCUAAGAUAAAAAUAUCGUAUUAAUGCUACAACGCCGAUUAGACGAAUCUAUGUACCUGUUUAUGUUUGUUACCCUGUAGUUAAUUAUAUUUAUUCAGCUAGAAUUUAUAUUUAAAUAAGUAGUUUAAGGACCUCGUCUAAAUUUUAUUGAAAAAUAUACUUUAAAAACUAAGGUAAUGGCUUAUAUAUGUAUAGGCGGAUGACAUUAUUUAUUAGAAUUAAGAUAAUAAAAUAAAUAAAUAAAUACAAAUACACAACUUUAAUGUCUCUGAAUGUGUGUGAUUAGUAGUUGUAUAUUAAAUAUUAUGUAAUUAUAUCGAAAACAAUAUAACAGUUAGUCAAUUGAAAAUAAAAUAAUAAUUAUCAUUUUUCUGUUGUAAUUAUUAACAUACUCGUAAAUAUUUACUGAUCUUGUGACAAAUGUACGAUGAAUUUUGCUAUAGCCAUGGUAUGUUGAUAUUUUACAUUUUACCGAUUAAUGCGCCACCGAGCAAUAGGUAUAGUAGGUUUAGAUUUCUCUACCUGUAAAUAAAACUAUACUUAAUGACUGAUUUGAUUUAUUGCUUUCAGUUAAAGUUCAGGUUUAAGUUUGAUUCAAAUGAAAGCCACAAUAUGUAAUUAAUAUUUUAUUACUACAUAUAUAUUUUGCACGAGUAGCGGCAAACUUAAAAUAUCUACUUUAAUACGAAUUAAGUAUUUCACAGAUAACGCGUUCGUUCCUUGAUGUUGAAAAACUUACUCGGUCGAAGUAAUGUAAACAUAAAAAAGUUUUAAUAAGUUAGGAGUUGUAUGUAAUAUCACAUAAGAUAGUCAUAUACACAGUUUACUUAUUUCAAAAAUGGCUCUUUGUCUUUUUUAUUCGUGAAUCUUUAAUUCAACUGCAUCAAAUUGAAAAUUAUCGCUGAAACACACGCACUAUAGAAACAUUCAACCCUCUUUUUUAAGAUGUUUCAAUUAUUUCAAUAAACUCGUAGGUAGAUAUUUUUAUAGUGGAUAAUUAUGUAUUUCAGUAGAAAAACAGCAUUUUUUACCGUGUUUAUGAUUUUUAUUGUAAAUGUAGGUACACUUAUUUGCCUGGCAGUAACUUGUGCACCGAGCAUAAUAAAAAGAAUGCAUGAAGAAAGUUACUACUACCUGUCUAGAUUAUUUAAAAAAAACGAUUUUCGCGUUAUUUUAGUUAGACUUUAUACCUAAUACUUUAAGUCAUUAUUGUAUUUGUAUUACCUGUACCGCUCUCCAUAUUUCACGAGACUAGUCUUGUCUAGAAGAAGAGCACUUUGAAAAAUAAAUGAGAAAAGAACAAAGUUAUGUCAGAAAUUGGCAAAAACUUUGUCGGGGAAUGUAGAUGUCGCAUAUCAUGUACCAUUAAUAUUGUACCUAUAACGCCAUUAGUCAGUUACCGAACGAUAUAGAUUAAGAUUGAAUCACGUUUCGUGUAUACUGUCAACAGCAGAUGUCGCUAAAUGGGUCAGAAGGCACUAUCCGAGCAUGAGCACAACAUUAUUGAUAAUAAGCGUUUGUAUAUCAUUUUGUUUUGACCGCCUCAGCACUACUUAGCUACUUCCGCUGCUGACUGCACCUACUCUACCUUAUUACCUAUACUUAUCAAUGUUCAUAGCCCCUCUAGCAUGUUAGUGGGUAUCGCCGAUAAUCAAUGUGUGAAUCCCAUACAGUCAGCAGUAAGUAGGUAGUAGACAUUAUACCUAUGUAAUGUAUUGUAAUAGGAUAGAUUCUACACAAAGAAAGACCGUUUACAGAUUUUUGGAUCUUGGAAAAUAGAGUCAUGUGUAUUUAUUUUCUUUAUGUGUUAUCUACGUACUGGUGACUGUAUAAAUUGGUAUUACUGUAAUUUCCUGAUAGUGAUAGUGAUUUCAGGGGAUAGAAUAGAUAGUCCGCUUACAUAAUUAUAGCUGACAAAUUAUAAUCUGUACCGAAAUUGUACGAGAGACCGGUGCAAAUUAUAUUUCGUCAAAUCCGUAUUCUAGAUAAUUUCCCAGGUGUAAGUAAACCUUUGCGAAUGCCAUUUUAAACAACGCGUGAUGUUAAACGUAAGAUUACAUAAACAAACUUUGAUUUGAAAUGUUUUUGUAACACUGCCAGGAAACAGGCAUAUAACUUGCAGGCUAAGUGAACCCUCUCGUGCUGGAGAGGCGGGCUCAUGUACUUAUAAAACAAACUACGCCUCUGUUUGCCAGGCUUAUUUAUUUUAUGACUAAACCGAAGAGCGACUCCCGUUGGUGAGCGCUGUCUAGCAUUGUUGUUUUGUAAAAUGACAAUUUUUAAUAAAGCUUAUGAUUUUAUAA